AUGUUCGGGGCCCGGGCCAGUCCUCUCUUCCUGGACACUUCAGAGAUCUGGUGGCAGGACCCACCGCCCCUGAAAGCGGAGGCAGAGUCCUGGGACGCGACAGAGGUGGCAGCUGUGUGUAAGGCAGCAGAUGAGGGCUCAGAUCCGAGCCCCCUGGAGGGGAACAGGCCAGAGGAGCAGGAUGUUCAGGACCCGGAGCUGGAGGCCAUCAAAGCCAAACUGCGGGAAAUAGAGAAGGAGGAUGAGAGGUUGAAGGAGUUGCAGCUGGAAGCCGAUAACCACCUGUUCAUGAGCUCAGAAGCAGCUCUCUUCCCACUGACAACCAAGGAGAAGGUGGAGGCUGACCAGCGUUCCAUCUACGUGGGCAAUGUGGAUUACGGGGGCACAGCAGAAGAGCUGGAGUCUCACUUCAACAGCUGUGGGCAGAUCAACCGUGUCACCAUCCUCUGUGACAAGUUCUCGGGCCACCCCAAAGGCUAUGCCUACAUCGAGUUUGAGGAGCAGAGCUCCGUGAAGGCUGCGGUGGAGCUGGACGAGAGCGUGUUCAGGGGCCGUGUCAUCAAGGUGCUGCCCAAGAGGACCAACAUGCCUGGCAUCAGCAGCACCGACCGUGGGGGCUACCGGGGCUUCUUCCAUGCCCGGGGAGGGCUGGGCCGCUGGGGAGGCUUCUACGGACAGCAGCCCAGGGUGCGAGGGAGGACCUACAGGGGUCGGGCCAGGCUGCUGCCUUGGUAUUUUCCAUACUAG